AUGCAUAAAAUAGCUCGCUUUCCCUUUCAGGUCCCGGCCCGUCUACUGCUUCUUUUGGCGGCGGCUCACGGUUCAGCGGAGCCUCCCCCUAAGGCCCAACUUGCACUUACUGCGCACAGGAUUCAACGCGUACUCGAAUACCAUUGGGGUGGCCAUCAUCCAGCAACUUUGGACGUGAUAGUAGUACAAGCUUGGCUGUCUUAUCUUGGACGCGAUUGGCGAGAGUGCAUAUCGGGUUUGCAAGCUGCGUUAUACCUAAGCGCUGCUCUUUCCGUGUCAAUAGAACCCCAGGACCUUACAGCUCUCAAGCAGCUUCUUGCCGUGACCGCAACAGACGAAACAUCCAAAAUCCCAGCUGGAAUACCACAGGCUCCAAUAACUCCCAAAAUGGCCGGGCUUCUCAGGAUGCUGGCUCAUAGCAAGCUCGUUCUUGCAUUUGACCGCCGCAGCUACAUGCGCAAAGAAUUGAUGACAGAGGAACAGAGGGCUUCGAUGGCAAACAGCUCUUGUAUGAUGCUUCAGUGGGCAUUGGAUGCCUAUGAUUUCCACUUUGGAACAAGGCACGUAAUGACUCUGACGGCGGCUCGAGAGUUCUCGAUGUCGCUACUGUUACUCAUUAAAGCCACGAAGAAGGAUGCCGGAGGCACAAUCUUGCAAAGAGGAGUUGACAUUGCAUCCCAAACACUUCAGUGGCAGGUCAAGACUUUGGGGAAGCACCACCUGGAGACACUUACGACAGGUCAACUGCUUGCUGUCUUGUUGGCAAACCAAGGCCGAUAUCGCCGCUGCAUCGCUAUGUACGAGGCCGUGAUUCGCAACGCCUUCACAAGACUAACUCUUAAGCCUUCGCUGCGCCGCUAUAGACCUGACAACGAAUUUUCAAGAGUUUGUUGGUGCCUACCGGAUCCGUACUUUUACGGGAUUUUUGAGACGAUUCGGCCAUUUAACCGAUUUUUUUUGAAAGUCAAAUGUGUUCUGCCCAAUCUGGAAGACGAGCAGGCUUUAGUCUCACUAAACAAGCAGCCAAGCGUCGUCAUGUGUGGAAGUCUGAACGAAAGCACAGGACUGCCCCUUUCUGGUGGUCCUGUCUCGUCUAAGCCAAGCGGGCGUGAAGGUAUAGGAGUUGAGAAGCAAGAUGCUGGUGAUUUACAUACGAAGAAGGAAGUGCCUAGGGAUAACGGCGUGAUCCAACUUGAUCCUGCAGAUCACCCCAUAUUUCCCUCUAUGCAGUCGAAAUCUGCUAGCGACAUGAUUAGCCCGGCUAUACCGGACUUGGUUAGCGAUAUGUUCGUCGUUUAUAUCAAUUUUGCGGUGGAGAAGCAGCUUGUUUCAAGGCUAGUUUCCCUCUUUCUCCUCCUUGAUUACCUUGAAAAACAAAGUUUCAGAGCUGUUUCCUACGACAUCUUCGAAAUCGCGUAUACAAAAUCAGGGGGUGAUGUGACUUCGCAUUCGUUCCUUACUUGGUUGUUAGACCUUUCCGGAACGUCCGAUAAGCAGGUAAUGGAGUACAUUGAACACUACCCCUUCAGAAUUCCCAGAGAGCAGCUCCUCGACCAAGAUAGUGAUAUCAUGUUUCUACUGUGUCAUCCAAGGGAAGACAGCAAAGGAAGCCCACCUUGUGGCUGCAUAAUGGACCGUUAUCUGCGGCACUUAUUAUCGAAAUCUGAGGUGGCUGUAUCGAAUACUUGUCAGCUCAUCCUUUCAGGGAACUCAAAGAAGCUUUUUGAAGUUGCCCAGUCCUACUCAUUUCCGCUCGAGAAGUUGAAAAGGGCCAUAUCGAAGCUGAAAGUGGUCAUGCUGAUGCUAGGAAAGCUAAAGGAAAAGAAGGAUCCAAAAGAAAAACAGGAUGAACCAGACAUCAGUCAAAUGUUCAAGAGGCAGUCAACAGCGCAAGCUGCGGUUAGCAAAAAGCUUCAAGAGAGGGUUACUAUUGGUGGAAGCUUUGUCGAGCAGCUAGCGGAGAACGUUAAGGAAACGUCUAAUCGGACAGAAAUGCGCCGGCGAUAUCGGCAUUUCUUGGCUCACAUGCGCACAACUCUUCGACUGCCCACAAACCUCAGGUGCGAAGAGCUCGAUAUUUUGGCAAACCUCAUGUACUACUACCUUGAUAUUCAUACGUUUCACACAUGGUGGGAAAACCGUCAGAGGAGUGGACCCGACCCUGCAACUCGAAUUCCACGUAAAGUGACAGAGGAAGAUGUGUCGGCAUUCGAGGAAUAUUGA